AUGUCAACAGCAGGUGGCUCAUAGCAUAAUUCGCUUACUCGUAUCUCCAACUAGUCUGCUUUGAAUUAUCUAAAUAAUUCCGGAUCCACUGCAGAACAUAGUAAUCCAUUUUCAAUGGCUAAAGCCCAACAAAAUUCUCUAAGUUAACAAUUAUAUAAGGGUGGGCAGAAUGGAGAGUAAUAAUAAAGAGUUACCAGCGCUUCUCACUUAAAAUAAAAUAACUAUAAUGACUAUAAGAACACUGCCAAUCAAAACACUAUCGGAGUUAGAUAAAGCUUCACCCAGAAACCUCCUACUGAUGUCAGAGGACAUGGCUAGCAACCUCAGAUGUUUCAGAAAAAUUUAAAAUAUCUCGAAAGUAAUAGACUUAAUGGAGCAGGAAAUAAUUCUUCAAAUAGUUAAAACUCUGCCUUAUUGUCCAACUCACAUUAAUAGAAUGAGGAAAAAUUUACAAGUUCAGGAUAAGCUAAUCAAAACAACUCCCAGUAAAACAAUAAAAGAGAACAAUAAAUCUAUAGAAGCAUGAAUGGAGGACUUGGCACUAAUCUAAAUCUUAAUGGGACAUCAGGAACAGGGGCUACGAAUAGCAAUUUUUCAUCCUAAUAAUCAACAUCCCAAGUAAGGUAGCAAUAAAUUUAAAACAUGAACAGAUUACUCGAAAAUAAUAAACCUUCUCAGAGAAACACUAACAGUGAUAACUCACUAACCCUCAACCUAACAUCGAAAUCAAGAAAUUAGUCUAAUGGAGGGUACAAUGGUGUCCAAGGUGCUAGUAGUAAUGGCAUAACAGGUGAUAAAAGUCAAAACUAGAAUACAGACUCAGCCAAGGAGAUCAGCAUUGGUGAAAAAUUUACAAUUGGCAGUAUUCCAAGAAGCACCACAAAUAAAACAUACAGCAGCUUGACUAAUCAAAUAAAAGAUCCUGAAUAAUUAAUGCCCUCAACUAGUAGAGGCUUAAGCAAUACUGGAAACACUCAGACACCCAAUUUAUCUAACACUGGACAAACAGCUCAAUCCUACUUUAGAAAUUAAUCAAGUAGCUCAUCAUAAAAUUUCAGAGGUCCCUAAUCAUCAUCCUAGAAUCAUAAUGGCUCCACCCAAUCAGCCACAAUGAGAGGUUCUCAUGAUUUCAAACACUCCAAAACCAUGAAUGGACAACAAAAUCAUCCAUAGAACUACUAAAAUCAAAAUAAUUCAAAUGGAAAUCAUAACACUGGUGCUCCAACUCCAAAGAAUGGCGAAGGAGAGAGAAAGAAUAUCUCGCAAGCUGCUGCUACAUUCCUUAGUAGACACUAGAGAGUUGAAGAAACUGCUAAAUCUAGAGUUACUAAGACUCUUACAGGAAUUUCCUAGCCUAAAUACUCUGAUAAUGGAAAUUCAAAUCAAGAUAAAAGUCACAGUAGAUCUGCAGUAAGAGAUGUCUAAAAAGAUAUUCCAAACAUGAAAAUUGCAAGGCCUAAUACUGUAGGCUAUAAAGAAACUAAUACAUCGACAAAAUCAGCCACUCAUACAAGUUCCUAAUCUAAUAGCAAUGCUAACACAAAGUCUUAAACUCUUGCCCCUUCUUCUUUACAAUAAUUAAUUAAAGAAGCUUCUGGAAAAGCUGGAGACAAUUAAUCCUAAACAACUAUAUAAUCUCAAAGAAAUAGCUAGAUAACUUCUUUGCAACAAAGACAUAAAUCUAAUUCCAGAGAGGGUUUGACUAGUGCCAGUCAAUCAUUAGGAAAUUUAAAUGUUCAAAAUAGUAACAAUAAUCUUUAGGGAGGAAUACCUUCAAGCAGAAACUAAAACAGUAACAGCACUAAAUCCUAAUAAAAUGUGAUGACUAAAGGUAAUCUAAAGGCAUUCUUUGAAGCAAAUGCUGGCAAUAUGAAUCUUACUUAGAAGAUUGAUCCUUCAACUGGUGUAUCAACGAAAGUAUAAUCUUUCACAACCCUCAAUAUAAAUCAGAUGAUUCAUGAUGCUGAUGAAGAUGAUGAAACAAAAAAACUUCCUCUAUAACCUGGUACUAGGAUAGUUAUCCCCAAUCAUGAACCAACUAAAUGCAGUAUGAAAAGAAAUGGUAUUGUUAGAGCAUAUGCAGCUAAUACUAAUCAAGGAUUAGUUAGAAACUAUAAUGAAGAUAGAGUCUCAAUUAUAUUGAAUAUCGUCAAGCCUGAGCAUAGAUAGCAUGAAGAAUGGCCAAAAUGCUCAUUCUUUGGUGUAUACGACGGUCAUGGAGGACAUGCUUGCGCAGAGUAUCUGAGAGAUAAUUUACAUCACUUUGUUAUUAAAGAAGAUUAAUUCCCAUGGAAUCCAAAGGAAGCAAUCUUAAAAGGAUUCUAAAAAGCUGAGGACAGAUUUAUGGAAAUGUGCAUGGGUACAGAUGAAUAAGGGAAUCCAACUCUUAUUGAAAGGUCAGGCUCAUGCGCUAUUGUAGCACUGAUAGUUGCUGAUACAUGCUACAUUGCUAAUGUUGGCGAUAGUAGAGCAGUACUUUCAGGUAAUGUAGGAUAGCAUGUAGCUCCACUGAGUCAAGAUCAUAAGCCAUCUGAAGAUUUCGAAUAUCAAAGAAUUAUUGCAGCUGGAGGUCAAGUAUAUUAGACGACAACUGCCACAACAACCUCAGGUCAAGCCUAAAACUCUUAGGAAGAUUAAGACCCAGACUAUAUCGUAGGACCAAUUAGAGUCUUGCCCGGUAGAUUAUCAGUAUCGAGAACUUUUGGAGAUCCUGAAGCAAAGGUUGAGUUCAGAGGUGGCAAUCCUAAUGUAGUUGCUUGCAUUCCUGAUGUAGAAUCGUUUAAGAUUACAAAGGAUCAUGAUUUCAUCCUCUUAGCUUGUGAUGGAAUAUUUGAUAAACUCUCAAAUGAAGAUGUCGUAUAAUGCGUAUGGAACAGCUGUAACAUUGAUAAUAAAGAUAGAAAAAUCGCUCACAAUGUUCAUCAAUAAAGUGGUUUAGCAGUAGAGAGUGUACUAAAAAACUCAUUAUACAGACAAAGCCUUGAUAAUGUGACCGUUGUAAUGAUAGCUUUCCAAAAUUUUAAGAGACAAGUUUUUGGAAAGAGUAAACACUCUGAAAGAUCAGCUUAGAAGCCAGCUUAAAAAUAAGCAUCCUCGUAGCAUAGUGCAUUAAGCUCUGUUCAUGAGUUUAUGUCAAAUUCUCUUGAGUCUCAGAAAGAGAAUAUAAACACAAACAAAGUAAUAAAGAACAGCAUAGGAUCCUUCUUAACAGGCCGUGCAUAGAAUGAUGAAAACAUUCCACCACAAUAAAACUACGCUAAUAAAUAACAGUAUUCCGCUAAUACAAAAGCAGGUGUUCACAAGCCACCUACAUCUGCUUCGAUAACAGGCUCUCUUUAGAGCAAUAAAAAUAUAAAUCAUCUUCUCAACACAUUAAAUGGUGGUGGAGCCAACAAUCAGCAGAGGAGUGAAUCUAACUCUCAUAGUCAGCCUGAAGCUCUAAAAGAAAAAACUGGUAUGUUCAUAAAUAGAUCCUAUACGCAGUAAUAAUAGUAGCAGUAACAACAGUAAAAUUCUUAUAAUAAUAUGACGACUUAGCAGCAACUUGAUUAGCUUAACAGAUAAAUCGGAUCGAGAAAACCCUCUCUAUCCAGCCAAGUUGCCAGCUCUAUGAAUCUUGAAUCAUAAUAAUAGUCUAAUAAUCCACUUUCCUUCUUAGGCUAAGGUAAUACACCUAAAGGAGGAGCAACUUAAGCAAAUCCUGUAUAUAGAUCAUUAAAUGGUUCUCUUAGAAAUACUAUGGGUGGUGGUGUCUCUGGAGGUAGCAACGGAUCUCUUAAUAUGAGAAAUAAUGCUGCCAGUGUUCUAUGA